ACUCCGUUGCGGCAGAAGAACGCCUUCCUCUUACACAUCCAUCAUCAUCUUUCCAAAAUGGGAUUCCAGCCGGGUGUGGAUUUGGUAAAUUGGGCACAACCGUACUGUACGGCAUACGGUGUGCCUCACUUGGCCAAAGCACUACCGACUGUGUUUCAUUCGUUAGCAUUAUGGCUUUCGUUGCAAUAUCUCUCUGCACGUCUUUCUCCAAAGCUAUUCCCGAAUACGUUUGCAAAUAUGAAAAAGUCUACAAGAGUUUCAUGGCAUGUGCAUUGGGUCGCAUUCUGUCACGCAGCCAUCAUUACACCUUUGGCCGGUAGACUAUGGUGGAAAGUAUACCAGGAAGGAGGAAUGACGGGAACGCAUAUACUGGCAAGUAAUCGUGUAUAUGGCUACGAUGAUGAAGCAGCAAAGAUAUACGGUAUCGCUUUGGGGUACUUUAUCUGGGAUGCUGUCGUCAGUGCUUUAUACGAUGGUCCAGCUUUCGUUGCACAUGGCUUGGUCGCAAUGACUGCAUUCGUCUUUGUCUUCCAUCCAAUCUUCAUGUACGAUGGACUUGGAUUCUUGCUAUGGGAAGCAAGCACUCCUUUCCUGAACAUUCAUUGGUUCUUGGACAAACUUGGCAUGACGGGUGGAAAGGUACAAUUGAUCAACGCAUUCUUCCUUUUGAGCACAUACGUUCUAGCAAGAUUGACAUUUGGUGUUUAUAACUCUUUCUCAUGGAUGAUGUUGGUUCACUUUCCCGCAAAGCCGCACAGUCCAGCCAUUCCAUUGCACAUCAAGACCUUCUUUACCAUCGGAAACGUUACCCUAAAUUCACUCAACUUUAUCUGGUUCAGAGCUAUGAUCCGUGCUGUUCAAAAACGCUUUACAGCAAAAGAUGACAAAGGACGUCCCAUUGAUGCAAAGAAGCUUGCAAAAGGAAAGCAACAGAUCGGUAAAGUUGGCGUUUCCGGUACAGGUGAUGAACAAUUCGAGAAGGAGGCUGGCAUUGGCAAUCAUGAUUACACUUCCCAUGGUUCUUAUUCUGAUCGAGAAGACCGGGAAGAACGUGAAGCACGCUGGCGUAAAGCAUCCAAGAAGGCCAACUGAGAGCCUAAAGCAGCAUCGUUUGCUUUUUUUUUCACGUCUGCGAAGACCGACAAUCUCUAGCUCUAGCACUGCAUUUAAUUGAUCCAUCAGUUGGUCAACGGAAUCGAAUCAUUGCUAUGAUCAUAUUUUUUUUUCCAGUCCGUUGUGACUGUUCAAUCUUACGUCUGUACUAUUUGCUACAAUGCAUGCUCACAGAAUGAAUCUUAGGAAAAAUAUAGCUACA